GAGAGAGAGAGAGAGAGAGAGAGAGAGAGAGAGAGAAAAAACAGAACAGUGUAGAACUGGAUGUGAUGUAGAAGAAGAGAGGAAGAAACGAAGGAAUCGGGGGGGAUAAAAAAAAAAAAAAAAGUAAAGAAAACUCAUCCAAAUUGAGUGAAAAAUUGUUUGGUAGUCGGUUCAGCGAUGUUGGAAGGUUUCGUGAGGUGAAACCACGAGUGUAUUAAGUUAAAACGUUGAUGAUUCACGUUAAAUAAUUGUUGAUCAAUUAAUUAAUUGAAGCAUAGUUGGGUUGCCCUGGCGUAACUCAUUUAGUCGGUCAGUCAAUCAGUCAGUCAGGUCAGUCAGUUCAUCGUCAGCCAGCCACUACUUUACUCGCACACCGUCUGCCGCAGCAUCAGUUUGUUUGAUACCUGUACACCUACCAACAUACCUGGAAUAGUGAUUGCACCCGUGUAUACGAGUUUGUGAAGUAAGACGAAUGAAGAUUUAAAAUAGUAAAAGAGAAGAAUAAGAAGGAGAAUAAAGAAGAGUAAAAAAAAAAGAAAGAGCCGCGUCUAAGGAUAUGUCCCCUUAUUGUUUAUUCCCAAACUACGCCACUGCAAAUCGAUAAAUAUCAUUACGAUAAUCAAAAGAUUUUUGACAUGCAUUUCCCAAGUGACUACUGUAAACAUUCCAAACUUAACUUAUAUUUUUAAUAGACGAAUUCUGAAUUGUUUGAAAAUCAAUAAUUCGAGAAGAAGAGGGAAGAAGUUAUGCCGAAAGUGAGGCCAAUAUGCUCCUUGUACAUACUUCAUCGAAUUCACCCGUCGUAUAAAAUUUACGAACUGGGUAUGAUUGAGAUGUGUUUUCAAAUCGGUUGAUCAAUCUUCGCUUACACUUUACAAGUACUACUUCCGUAAAACAAAUGUUGAAAAAAAGUGCCAUUUUUUCGAUACUAUAAUAUUUUGUAAUAAGUAAUCAAUUAUCCAUACCUGACGUAAUUUCAUAUGCAAUAUUAUUAAUAAGUAAAAAAAUGUUCUAAUUUAUAAACCAUUUUCUAAUAAUAAUAAUAAGUAAUACUAUCAUCGUAUUAAAUCACACGAAGAUGUACGAGAUGUAACGAAAUUAUUAUUUUUUACUUAACUUUACGUUCAUAAAUAUAUACAUACAUAUUUUAUCUAUUACAUUAAAAAAAAAAUAAUAAUAAUACUAAAAAAUCGAGAUUAUAAAUUAUAAUUGAUAAUACAACUUCGUCAAGAUUUUAAUAAUUCCAAUAUAUUUAUAAAUUAUAAUUAUAUAUUCUUAAUAAGUGCCAUACUAAAGUUUUAAAAAUAUUUUAAAAAGUAUCCAAAAAUAUACGCGUAUGCGUAUUUGUUGUUGAAACGAAGUCGAAAGAAGUAAAUAAUACAAAUCCACAUACAUGUUCUCUGUUAUUGGAAAACGAGAAGCUGAAAAAUUUUAAACUAAAAAGUAAAAGUGAGAGAAAAUCAAGGCAGCAGCAGCAGCAGCAUUGUCAUCAUCACCAUUCCAAAAUCUUUAAUUUGGACCAAAUUGUAAUUUCUUCGACAAGAAGGCAGUUUUAUUUUAAAUUCUCUAGCAAUACCAACUUUCCAAUAAUUCACAUUCUCUAACGAAUAAGAAGAGAUCGACGAGUGGAGAAGCAAUCGCUUGAGAAAAAAAUAAAGGAAAAGAAAAAAUAACAAAAGUAACGACAGAAAAAGUGCAACGGUGUCCUCAGAAUGCCGGGCGGAACAACGGAAGAGGGUCUGGUGAGCACGGAAUGGCUUUUUAGCGAACUUCGUUCGCUAGGGGGGCCGAGUCGGCUACUUGUUUUGGACUGCAGAGCUCACUCAGAAUUUGCUGAGGCGCAUAUAAGGGGCUCCGUGCCACUGGCGAUUCCUAGCAUCAUGCUGCGUCGCUUGGCUGCAGGUAAGGUGGAUCUCCUGGCGACGAUCAGGUGCCUCGAUCUAAGGGCCAGAGUCGAAGUAUUUUUGUACGGGGACAAGGAGAGCCGUGGGACUUUCAUACUGAUUGGAGAUUCCACCGAGCCUGCUGGUCACCAGGGCGAGACGAUCCAAGUUCUGACUCGGAGGCUUCGAAACAGCGGCGGCAGAGUAGCUAGUUUAAUUGGUGGUUUCGGAGCGUUCAGAGACAGAUACCCUGAAUGGUGCGAAGGGGGUCAGGCAAAUGCCGAAGGACUAACUGGGCAAGAUCCAAACGAGGGAGAACUUAUGGGCCUUAGAUCCCUUCGCAUUUCAACCCCACCCACAACGAGAGCCUAUUCCGAUUCUGAUAGCGACAGUACCUGUGACUCUGUCGGGCCAGAGGAAGACAAAGACUUUCCAGUGGAAAUACUACCGCACUUAUAUUUAGGAAAUGCAGCCAACAGCGAAGACAGAGAUGCCCUAGCUCGCCACAGGAUACAAUAUAUCCUGAACGUUACACCUGAUUUACCAAAUGUGUUUGAAGAUGCUGGCUCUAUCAAAUACAUGCAGAUACCUAUCAGCGAUCACUGGAGUCAAAACUUGGCCAGCUUUUUUCCUCAGGCAAUUCAGUUCAUCGAGGAAGCAAGAAGUUCGGAUAAAGGUGUACUGGUCCACUGUUUAGCCGGAGUAUCACGUUCCGUAACAAUAACGGUUGCCUACCUUAUGCACAAGUGCAGCCUUAGCCUGAAUGACGCUUUUAAUUUAGUACGAAGCCGGAAGUCAAACGUAGCUCCGAAUUUUCACUUCAUGGAACAGUUGCACAGCUUUGAAAUAGAGCUCAGGAAUCGGGGGGAUAGAAGUAAAGGCAACGACAGAAGGUGUAUCGGCGCCUGCCGACCUGGAGGUCCUUGCAAUUGUCCCGUACCUAGCUUUUUAAGUCCUAUCGAUCUAGGUCUUAGUCCUGAUUCAGGUAUUGAGUUUGAUAGAUGGGCGGCUAGUACGCCGGCAGAAUGAGACGGGGCUGGGGGGACCCAAUACAAAUUCUAGGUCCCUCCCAGCUAUUCAUUCUGCCCAGCUCAGCCCAACGCGGCCACGUAAUUGCUACGGGUAUACGG